AUGUACAAUGUAGAAAAUGAAAGUCAAGUCGUUGAUUUUAUCAAUUAUAUUUUUAGACCAAAAGAGGAAUGCUUCUCUGACCCUCGCUACCAACUGCUUUCUGUAUAUGAUAAGGAUAUCUUAUCAAUCAUUUGGAAAUAUAGUCAUAUAUUCGACAAAAAGACUCCUCUGGGGUUUAGCCAAUGGUUGAAUUCGCAGAAAGUUGAUUUAAUCUCAACUGAGCCUGAACGAAAAAGCAUAAAGGUUAAAGAAAAAGAGAUAAAACUUCGAAGCAGACAAUUGUAUGUCUUAGACAACAAAUAUUACGAUUCUGUGAUAAAAGAUAUUGUCGAAGUAUUGCCAAAACACCAACAGAUAAUAAAUGAAAUGAAGAAAGAAGGAUAUCAAGUAAUUGGUUAUUGUAAAAAAUCCUUUGGAAAUACAGAAAACAGAGUCCUUUGCUUACAAAGGAUGAUAGAUGUAUUGUACAAAAGAUCAUUAGUGGAUAAGGUCUUUGUUUCUCCCCUUAGUACAGCGAAGCAAAUAUUUUUAAAGCGCGAUUUGAAAGAUGUAAACCAUAUCUUGUCACAAUUGAACAACACUCAUGGAAGCACAGUAGAUUUUUUGAAAUUUUUAAACAACAAUCCAAAAAUAUGCGUUAUAUCAAUUGAUUAUGCUGGCUUCACCACUAACUGUACAGAUCUCAAGCAAUUAUUAAGGUAA